ACAUGUGAAGAAUCAUAAUAAAUAUUUCAUUCGCUCAUUCACUUGCUUUUAUUUUUAAUACAUUGUUAUAUUUUUCAAUGUUAAAGACCAAAACUUUCAGGUUAAAUUAUCAAAAGAUCAGUUCAGAAGACGACUUUUGUCCUGGAUUUGGCUCCAUAAACCUUUUUUCUUAUGAAUUGAUUUUGUUUGAUAAAUGCAAAUGACACUCAUUAAUGUUGUUGCAGGUGAAGCUGUGAACCGCCUUCAAACUUCUCCAAUAUUCACAGAUUCAUCCAACUUGUGUCCACCAAGAUGACGCUGACUACAUCAAUUCUAUCUUAAACCUUUAAAGCUAUUUGUUUUUUAGAUGCAGAGCAGUAAUUGUUCUCUAGGAUGAUAUUUAUUUGAGUGACUUUAAAAAGGACAGAUGGAGGAAGUCAAGAAAGACCUCAUCCAAGUGUUAAGGGAGCUCAAGGAGGAGGACUUCAAAGGGUUCAAAUGGUACCUGAAGAACAAACCAAUCCCGGGAGACCCCCGAUCAAUCCCACCCUGUGACCUGGAGGAGGCAGACAGGAUGGACACAGUGGACCUGAUAGUUCGGUGCUACGGCACAGACUCGGUUCAGGUGGCCAUGAAGGUUUUGAAAGAGAUGCAAAUUAACGAUCUGACUGAGAAAUUAUCCAAAAUGAACAAUAAGGGUAAGUUGUUAAAAGGAGGAACAAAGAGGAUGUGCUGUUUCAUUCAUGGAUGGUCUGCUCUCUGUCAGCUUUGUAAUGUUGUGAGUCUCAUUAGAAGUUGUUUGGUCACAUGCAGGUUUGAGCUCUAAAUGACUGACUAUUAUUAAAGUCAAUACAGUCUCAAUAAAUGUUAAUAAUAGCAGAGCACCACCUUGUGAGGAGGGAUCAAAAAACACACUAUAAAUCGAGUCUCAUAAUUGAUGUUCACACUAUAAGAGGAACUAUUCCACAUUAAGAGUUUACAUUUUAAUUUAAGCACAGACCAGCUAUUAUCACACUACAAAUGCACAAAGUAAUCAGAAAACAUCUUGUUUCAGGUGAACUGAAUCCUGUGGGAGGAGAUCAAGGAGGAACCGCCCCUGCAAGGCAGAAGAGGAGCCUUGACAUUCCAAGGAUGGACCUUCUCGACAAAUUACCUAAAAUGUCCCCUACAGGUAAACUGAAUCCUGUGGGAGGAGAUAGAAGUCAAGAGAUUUUCACCAAAUGUCAACAGCAACUCAAAUCUAACCUGAAAAAGAAGUUCCAGUCUUUGUUUGAGGGCAUCGCUAAAGCAGGAAAGGCAACCCUUCUGAAUGAGAUCUACACAGAGCUCUACAUCACAGAGGGAGGGACUGCAGAGGUCAAUCAAGAACAUGAGGUCAGACAGAUUGAAACAGCAUCCUGGAAACCAGCCAGACCAGAAACAACCAUCAGACAAGAAGACCUCCUCAAAUCCUCAGCUGAAGGAGAGGAACCAAUCAGAACAGUGAUGACUAAGGGAGUGGCUGGCAUUGGGAAAACAGUCUUGACACAGAAGUUCACUCUGGACUGGGCUGAAGACAAAGACCACCAGGACAUACAGUUCACAUUUCCAUUCACCUUCAGAGAGCUGAAUGUGCUAAAGAAGAAGUUCAGCUUGGUGGGACUUGUUCAUCACUUCUUCAGUGAAACCAGAGCAGCAGGAAUCUGCAGGUUUGAAGAGUUCCAGGUUGUGUUCAUCUUUGAUGGUCUGGAUGAGUGUCGACUUCCUCUGGACUUCCACAACACUCAGAUCCUGACUGAAGUCACAGAGUCGGCCUCAGUGGAUGUGCUCCUCACAAACCUCAUCAGGGGGAAGCUGCUUCCCUCUGCUCGCCUCUGGAUAACCACACGACCUGCAGCCGCCAAUCAGAUCCCUCCUGAGUGUGUUGGCAUGGUGACAGAGGUCAGAGGGUUCACUGACCCCCAGAAGGAGGAGUACUUCAUGAAGAGGUUCAGAGUUGAGGAGCAGGCCAGCAGGAUCAUCUCUCACAUCAAGACCUCACGAAGCCUCCACAUCAUGUGCCACAUCCCAGUCUUCUGCUGGAUCACUGCUACGGUUCUGGAGGAGGUGUUGAAGGCCAAAGAGGGAGGAGAGCUGCCCAAGAGCCUGACUGAGAUGUACAUCCACUUCCUGGUGGUUCAGUCCAAAUUGAAGAAGUUCAAGUACGAUGGAGGAGCUGAGACGGAUCCACACUGGAGUCCAGAGAGCAGGAAGAUGAUCAAGUCUUUGGGAAAACUGGCCUUUGAUCAGCUGCAGAAAGGCAACCUGAUCUUCUAUGAAUCCGACCUGACAGAGUGUGGCAUCGAUAUCAGAGCAGCCUCAGUGUACUCAGGAGUGUUCACUCAGAUCUUUAGAGAGGAGAGCGGACUGUACCAGGACAAGGUGUUCUGCUUCGUCCAUCUGAGUGUUCAGGAGUUUCUGGCUGCUCUCCAUGUCCAUCUGACCUUCUUCAGCUCUGGUGUCAAUCUGCUGUCAGGAGAACCUGAACCAAUGCGCUUCUACCAGAGUGCUGUAGACAAGGCCUUACAGAGUUCUAAUGGACACCUGGACUUGUUCCUCCGCUUCCUCCUGGGUCUUUCCCUGGAGACCAAUCAGCGUCUCCUACGAGGUCUGCUGUCACAGACAGGAAGUUGCUCACAGACCAAUAAGGAGACAGUCCAGUACAUCAAGAAGAAGAUCAGUGAGAAUGUGUCUCCAGAGAAAAGCAUCAAUCUGUUCCACUGUCUGAAUGAACUGAAUGAUGUUUCUCUAGUGGAGGAGAUCCAACAGUUCAUUAGUUCAGGACGUCUCUCCACAGAUAAACUGUCUCCUGCUCAGUGGUCAGCUCUGGUCUACAUCUUACUGUCAUCACAAGAAGAUCUGGAGGUGUUUGACCUGAAGAAAUACUCUGCUUCAGAGAAGGCUCUUCUGAGGCUGCUGCCAGUGGUCAAAGCCUCCAACAAAGUUCUACUGAGUGACUGUAACCUCUCAGAGAGAAGCUGUGAAGUUCUUUCCUCAGUCCUCAGCUCCCAGUCCUCUAGUCUGAGAGAACUGGAUCUGAGUAACAACGACCUGCAGGAUUCAAGAGUGAAGCUGCUGUGUGAUGGACUGAAGAGUCCACACUGUCACCUGGAGACUCUCAGCCUGUCAGGCUGUCUGAUCACAGAGGAAGGCUGUGCUUCUCUAGUCUCAGCUCUGAGCUCCAACCCCUCCCACCUGAGAAUGCUGGACCUGAGCUACAACCAUCCAGGAGACUCAGGAGUGAAGAUGCUCUCGGAUGGACUGAAGGAUCCUCACUGGGGACCGGAGACUCUCAGGGUGGAGCCUGCUGGAGUCCGAUGGAUGACACCAGGUCUGAGGAAGUAUUCCUGUGAACUCACAAUCGACACAAACACAGUAAACAGAAACCUCAAACUGUCUGACGACAACAGGAAGGUGACACGCGUGAAGAAGGAGGAGGUUCAGUCAUAUCCUGAUCAUCCAGACAGAUUUCACUACUGGCCUCAGCUGCUGUGUAGAACUGGUCUGACUGGUCGCUGUUACUGGGAGGUUGAGUGGAGCGGAAGAGUGAAAGUAUCAGUGAGUUACAGAGGAAUCAAGAGGAAAGGAAACAAUAGAGACUGUUUGUUUGGACACAAUGAUCAGUCCUGGAGUCUGGGAUGUCAUGAUAAAACUUACUCUGUCCGUCACAAUAAUACAGUAACACCCAUCACCUCCUCCUCCUUCUCCUCCUCUGGUAGAGUAGCAGUGUAUGUGGACUGUCCUGCUGGCUCUCUGUCCUUCUACAGAGUCUCCUCUGACUCACUGAUCCACCUCCACACCUUCAGCACCACAUUCACUGAACCUCUUUAUCCUGGGUUCUUGCUCUCGCCUCGUUCUGGUUCCUCAGUGUCUUUGUGUUCUUUGUAGGACGGACAGUCUCCUCCUGGUGGAGAACCUUCCUCUCUGCUCACCACAUAGUUCAGUGUGUACAGCUGAUGGAGGUCCAUGUGGGUGUAGGUGCAGGUGGAGCAGGUGAGGGGUACCUGAGCUGGUCUGGACUCUGGGGGUCCACAGCUCUCUGGGACUUGUGCUGUUGCAGAUGAACGUCUGAAAGAGCUCAGCGAGGUGUGUUUUAAUGUCUCUGUGCUCGAUGCCUCUGUGGAUGAAUCAAUAAUCAUCAUUUAGAUGUUGGCUCCUAAUCCCCCCCCCCCCCCCAUAUAAUACUGUAUCUGUAUGACACCUUGUCCUUAUUUGUGUGUGUGCUUCAUUUGUUUUCCUGCUAAAGAAAAGCAAGGUGAUGGGUUUUAAAGUAAAAUAUGGAUGUUUAAUUCUUUUUGAGUCGACUUUCCAAAUCAAAUCUAAUUUGACAUAUUCAGAAAUAUUCUUUCACAUAAUCAUGUUUGUUCUGAACAAGAACCUUUUGAAAGAAAACCUCUGAAUGAAAGGUUUAAUGACACAUGACAUCACGAACUUGUGUUUUUAUUAACUAGAAUAUAAAAGUACAACAUGUAGUCACUGCAUGUAUUACUUUGAUUAACAGGAAUAGAAUUGUAUGUUUGUGAUGUUAAUAAAUGACUUUCAUUGUAAACUGUGUCA